AUGAGUCUCGGCUCUGAAACGGCAGCGCCUGGCACGUUCUUGGAGGACCCUGGGCGCAGAAGAGGAAAGGGAGCAGGCGCAGGGGGAGGGCUGGAAAGGCAGCAUGCGCCCGCCAGGAGCAACCUCGGCGCCCCGCGUCUGAGGCUGCAGCCCCCGUUCGCCAUUGUGAGCCGCCGCCGGGGGAACCCGCUGCUGCAGCUUUCCCCCACCCUCCGGGUCCCCGUCGGCGCAGCGAUGGGGCACCUGCCCACGAGGACGCGCGGCGGCCGCCGCCUCCUGCCUCUGCUCUGGCUCUUUGUGCUGCUCAAGGAUACUACAACUUUCCAUGUAACCGUCCAAGAUGAUAACAACAUCGUCGUCUCCUUAGAAGCUUCAGAUGUCGUCAGCCCGGCAUCUGUGUAUGUUGUGAAGAUAACCGGUGAAUCCAAAAAUUAUUUCUUCGAAUUUGAGGAAUUCAACAGCACUUUGCCGCCUCCUGUUAUCUUUAAGGCCAAUUAUCAUGGCCUUUAUUAUAUAAUCACUCUGGUAGUGGUAAAUGGAAAUGUCGUGUCCAAGCCAUCCAGAUCGAUCACUGUGUUAACAAAACCUCUACCUGUAACCAGUGUUUCAAUAUAUGAUUAUAAACCUUCUCCUGAAACAGGAGUCCUGUUUGAAAUCCAUUAUCCAGAAAAAUAUAAUGUUUUCACGAGAGUAAACAUAAGCUACUGGGAAGGUAAAGACUUCCGGACGAUGCUAUAUAAAGGUAAGUGGCAAAAGGAAGGCAGAAUCAAUGAUGACUGUUACUCUUUACAAAGCUUUUCCCGAAUGGUGCUCUUUCUUACUUUAAAGAAAUUCAGUAUUUACUACAAUUACUUGAAAAUGAAAAUUCUCUUUCUUACAGCCCCUUAUCCACCUCAAAAUAUUUCUGUUCGUAUUGUAAACUUGAACAAAAACAAUUGGGAAGAACAGAGUGGCAGUUUUCCAGAAGAAUCAUUCAUGAGAUCCCAAGAUACAAUCGGAAAAGACAAGGUCUUCCAUUUUACAGAAGAAACUUCUGAAAUUCCUUCUGGCAACAUUUCUUCUGGUUGGGCUGAGUUUAACAGCAGUGAUUACGGAACUACAUCUCAGCCAUAUUGGUGGGACAGUGCGUCUGCAACUCCUGAAAGUGAAGAUGAAUUUGUCAGUGUACUUCCCACGGAAUAUAACAAUACACUCAGUGGGAUGGAGAAGUCAACAUCAGCCUCUUUCUCCUUUCUCCCUGUGCAAAUGAUCUUGAGCUGGUUACCACCAAAACCACCCACUGCCUUUGAUGGGUUCCAUAUUCGUAUUGAAAGAGAAGAGAACUUUACUGAGUAUUUGACAGUGGAUGAAGAAGCACAUGAAUUUGUUGCAGAGCUGAAGGAGCCCGGGAAAUACAAGUUAUCUGUGACAACCUUUAGUUCUUCAGGAGCUUGUGAAACUCGAAAAAGUCAGUCAGCAAAAUCACUCAGCUUUUAUAUCAGUCCUUCAGGAGAGUGGAUUGAAGAGUUGACUGAGAAGCCCCAGCAUGUGAGUGUCCAUGUUUUGAGCUCGACCACUGCCUUGAUGUCCUGGACGUCUUCCCAAGAGAACUACAACAGCACCAUUGUGUCUGUGGUGUCACUGACCUGCCAGAAACAAAAGGAGAGCCAGAGGCUUGAAAAGCAGUACUGCACUCAGGUGAACUCAAGCAAACCUAUUAUUGAAAAUCUGGUUCCUGGUGCCCAGUAUCAGGUUGUGAUGUACCUAAGGAAAGGCCCUUUGAUUGGACCACCUUCAGAUCCUGUGACAUUUGCCAUUGUUCCCACUGGAAUAAAGGAUUUAAUGCUCUAUCCCUUGGGACCUACAGCAGUGGUUCUGAGCUGGACCAGACCUUACUUAGGAGUGUUUAGAAAAUACGUGGUUGAAAUGUUUUAUUUCAACCCCUCAACAAUGACAUCAGAGUGGACAACCUACUAUGAAAUAGCAGCGACUGUCUCCUUAACUGCAUCUGUGAGAAUAGCUAAUCUGUUGCCAGCAUGGUACUACAACUUCCGGGUUACCAUGGUGACAUGGGGAGAUCCAGAAUUGAGCUGUUGUGACAGCUCAACCAUCAGCUUCAUAACAGCCCCAGUGGCUCCAGAAAUCACUUCUGUGGAAUAUUUCAACAGUCUGCUAUAUAUCAGUUGGACAUAUGGGGACGACACAACUGACCUGUCCCAUUCUAGAAUGCUACACUGGAUGGUUGUUGCAGAAGGAAAGAAGAAAAUUAAAAAGAGUGUAACACGCAAUGUCAUGACUGCGAUUCUCAGCUUGCCUCCAGGAGACAUCUACAAUCUCUCAGUAACUGCUUGUACUGAAAGAGGAAGUAAUACCUCCAUGCUCCGCCUUGUCAAGCUAGGUAAGAAGAGUGCACAGGUUGCAGAUAUUUUCUUUGGCCAAGUUGAAUAUAAGUUAUACGACUUGCACUUCUUAAGGGAGUGCGGAGCAGGUACAUUUGUUAAUUUUGCAUCUUUAGAGCGGGAUGGAAAGCUUCCAUACAACUGGCGUAGGAGUAUAUUUGCUUUCUUAACCCUGCUACCCUCAUGUCUUUGGACUGAUUAUCUUUUGGCAUUUUAUAUUAAUCCUUGGAGUAAAAAUGGUUUAAAGAAGAGGAAACUGACAAACCCGGUUCAACUGGAUGACUUUGAUGCCUACAUUAAGGAUAUGGCCAAAGACUCCGACUAUAAAUUUUCUCUUCAAUUUGAGGAGUUGAAAUUGAUUGGACUGGAUAUUCCACACUUUGCUGCAGAUCUUCCACUGAAUCGAUGUAAAAACCGUUACACAAACAUCCUACCAUAUGACUUUAGCCGUGUAAGAUUAGUCUCCAUGAAUGAAGAGGAAGGUGCGGACUACAUCAAUGCCAACUACAUUCCCGGCUACAACUCACCCCAGGAGUACAUUGCCACCCAGGGCCCACUGCCUGAAACCAGGAAUGACUUCUGGAAGAUGGUCCUACAACAAAAGUCUCACAUCAUUGUUAUGCUCACUCAGUGUAACGAGAAAAGGAGGGUGAAAUGUGACCAUUACUGGCCAUUCACGGAGGAACCUAUAGCUUAUGGAGACAUCACGGUAGAGAUGAUCUCAGAGGAAGAGCAGGACGACUGGGCCUGUAGACACUUCCGAAUCAACUAUGCUGAUGAAAUGCAGGAUGUGAUGCAUUUUAACUACACUGCAUGGCCUGAUCACGGUGUGCCCACAGCAAACGCCGCGGAAAGUAUCCUACAGUUUGUAUACAUGGUCCGACAGCAAGCUACCAAGAGCAAAGGCCCCAUGAUCAUUCACUGCAGCGCUGGAGUGGGACGGACGGGCACAUUCAUUGCCCUGGACAGGCUCCUGCAGCACAUCCGGGAUCAUGAGUUUGUUGACAUCUUAGGGCUGGUGUCAGAAAUGAGGUCCUACCGGAUGUCUAUGGUACAGACAGAGGAGCAGUACAUUUUUAUCCAUCAGUGUGUGCAACUGAUGUGGAUGAAGAAGAAGCAGCAGUUCUGCAUCAGUGAUGUGAUAUAUGAGAAUGUCACCAAGUCCUAGUUCAAAAUCUGGAACAGUAAGUAGAGAAGAGCUCAUCAUGAGUGCUCUGUCUUAGAACAAUGGGAGGAGUCAUGAUGGGACAGGACAGAUGGCAGAAAUAGCCAUUUGUAUUGACUCUGAUUUCACAUGAGUAUUUCUGCCCAACUCCUGGCCCCACAGAAGUGGUCACAGGGAAAAACAAAUACCACAGCAGAUCUUUGAGCUUCAGUGCUUGUUGAUUGGUGGUAGCAACAAGCAGGAACUUCUGCAACUCAUGAUGAUUUGACCUCCAUUCCCUCCACCCAGAACCUUAAAUUAUUCUGAUAUUAGAUCUGUGCCUGCAAUAUCAGAAUACUACCAUCCAAGUCUAUCUAUUUAGAUAUUUUUUGC